AUGUGUUCUCAAUCACCAUCACACUUAACUCCACAUGGACCCUGUACCAGUGGAACAUUUGCUGAAAUAGAAUAUGAUUAUGCCGACUGUUUUAUUAGUGACUUUUGGCCUCCAUCUGCCUCCUCAUGGAUAGACAGAUGUCACUCGUGGCCCCAGCCUUUUGUUGUUGAUGAUAUAGUAAAACAUGGGUGUCACUUUGUAGCAAUCGGACAAAAGCUAGGAAGAAAUGAAGACCAUGAAUGGAGAAUUUCUUUCUCUCUGACAGAACAGAAACUAGUGUAUGCAAUGGACCACUGUCAAUUUUCAACUUACGGUUUACUUAAAAUGUUUUUAACAGAAAUAAUUAACAUUGGACUAAGUGGUGAUGAUAAAUUAUUGUGUUCUUAUCACACAGUUUUCUGGGUGAUUCUACAAAAUACAAUACCUCACUGGUGUCCAAAAACUCUACUGGAAUGUUUCUGGGUCUGUUUUAAACUCAUCCUCAAAUGGGUGUAUGAGGGGAUCUGUCCUAUCUUUUUUAUUCCAGAUAACAAAAUGUUUCUGAGCAAAAUUCAUGGCGACAAACAACAUCAACUAUUCAUGAGACUGUAUGGAUUGUAUGAGAAGGGUUUAGCAUUCCUGCUACACAGUCCCUCCAUUAGGUCUUGUAUUAUAAAUGUACUGCAUAACCCCAGACUCUCCAUCAGUACAGAUGAUCAUACUCUGAUUUCUGAGAUUGAUUUUGACGUAAGUCUAUAUAAUGAAAUACAACGCCUUGGUACAUCAUACAAAUUGAAUAUACAAGGCUGUAUUAGAUAUCUACAUACAAUAGAACAGAUGAUAAGUUCAUCCCUCCUGACAAAGUAUCAAGUCAUUAAGCUACACAAAGCUACAGCUGAUGUCCUCCAGAACACUGCUUUUAUAUUACACGUGGAAACUUUCACACAUAAAAAGAAACUGAGGUAUAGAGCUGACAGAAUGUCCUAUCACAUGCUGAAAUCAGCAGCCAAGUUUGGUUUUAUUUCUGACAAGCUGUACAUAGCCAUGUAUUAUUACUAG